CCACAUCUAUCAACAGUUUCGCUCAGUAAGCUGAAUAGCAUAUUCGGCCUUCAGGCGUUGUGCUUUCCUCCCAAGUUACCUCCACGUUCUGAUAGAAACUAUCUGCGUCCAUAUCAAGUGAAGUAGUGAGGAGAGUCCUGCAACGCGUAACUCAGUCAUUAAGGACACGGUGGGUAAUUGCCGAGAAAGUUACCGGGAAAUCAUUGGGAGAACUCGACAACAGGAAACUGUGAACAACAAUCUUAAAUUGUCAUCAAGUCGUUAGUGCACAAAGUUUGCAGUUAAAGUCGGCCAGUCAUAGAGAUUCAUAAUUCUUUGAAAAUAACUUGCUCCGCACUAGACCAGCAGUGUCAGGGAAAGGUUGAAGGAUUUUAGGCAAUCAAAAAUGGCAAACAAAGUGUUGAUAAAGAACAGCGGAUUCGCCCAACAAUUGGCUAAGAACGUUGGCACCAAAAUCGAUGGGGAUCCUCUCUGGUGUGCUCGUUUCAAUGCAACAAACCCCGAUGCAGUUAUUCAAACCUAUCUUGAUGGAUUAGAAGAUGGUGCGGACAUUAUCAGUACGAAUACUUAUCAAGCAAGCGUGGAUGGUUACAUGCAAUACCUUAGCCUAACCAAAGAAGAAAGCAUCGAACUAAUCAAGAAAACUGUAAAACAUGCUCAUACGGCUCGUGAAAAGUGGUUGGCUAAAAUCGGAAAAACCCUAGAGGAAAACAACGGUUUUCCCUUAAUAUCUGGUUCAGUUGGAGCUUACGGGGCACACUUACAUGAUGGCUCUGAAUACACCGGCGACUAUGCGGACACAGUCGAUGCAGAUACUUUUAAAAAAUGGCAUAAAAUGCAUAUUGAUGCCAUUCUAGACGUAGGAGUUGAUUGCUUAUGCAUAGAAACUAUUCCAUGUCAGGCGGAAUCGAAAGCAAUAAUUGAGAUGCUCUGUGAUGAUUAUCCUGAUGUCAAAUUUUGGAUUACACAUCAAUGCAAGGAUGAUAAAAAUCUGGCACAUGGAGAGCCCUUGGGAGAGGUCUGCCAAAUGAUUUGGGACCACUUAAAGGCGCGAAAUUUAACAAAAAAUUGCUAUGCUGUUGGUGCUAAUUGUGUCAAGCCGAAGUUUGUUACAAGCCUCUUCAAGAGUGUGAAUGGUGGCAAAAAACCCGAAGAAUACAUUCCAUUAGUAGUGUACCCAACUAGCGGCGAAACAUAUGAGAAAGAUAUCGGUUGGGUAAAGAAAGGAGACUGUCCCCCAAUUGAAGGGUUCAUCCCUGAAUGGGUUGCCCUUGGUUUGAGAAUCCUUGGAGGUGGAUGCCGAACAUCUUCAAAAGAUGCACAAAAAUUCAAAGAUGUCCUUGAAGGUUUAAAUAAGUAGAAUGCAAAUUUAAACCUGCUAUCCUCCAAAUUUCGGAAUAAAAUUCAGAUUUCUCAAGAGAA